AUGCACGCAGCAUCGCUUUCUCACGCUUCCACUUCAGCACACAACGCAUCGGCUGCGCCGAACCCCACAUCAGCCUCGGUACAGCCAGCAACGAUAUCAGCAGCACCGCACACUGCGCCGUCAAUAUCGGCAACCAGCUCCGACAUCAAGGUGCUGCCAUACCUCUUCGACGACGCACAGCUCGACGACGUGCUCGUCCUCGUCGUCGACAUGCUCGUCAGGCUCACCGACCACAACGAUUCGCUUCCACUCCAUCCCUCCGCCCUUACACGUUUCCACUCGCGAGCUACACCCAACAUCUCGCUCUCGGCCUACCUGCGUCGAAUCGCAAAGUACACCUCAAUCGAAAAGUGCUGCGUGCUCAUCUUGCUCGUCUACAUCGACCGCGUCUGCGAACGCCUCGAAGGCUUCACCAUCUGCGGCUUGACCGUGCACCGUUUCAUCUGCGCUGCCAUCCUCUGCGCGUCCAAAGCGCUCUGCGACGCAUUCAACACCAACGAGCACUACGCCAAAGUUGGAGGUAUCAGUCUGCAGGAGAUCAAUCUGUUGGAGAAGGAGUUCCUGCAGAUCAUCGAUUGGAGGCUGAUCUGCGGGGGAGCAGAGUUGCAGCACUACUACGCGAGCUUGGUACGGAAUCACAAGGACUAUGUGCUGGAUGAGCCAAAGCACGCGCAGCAGCAAGAGCGGGUCCCGACGGGGAUGGACAUUGACACUGUGGAGGGAGACGGGAUUGGUAGCGCGAACGUCAACGCGAGUCCAGUUGGAAAAAGCGGGAUUGCACCACCAGUAUUGACGGGAGUGGCGGCGACCGCCCAAGCAGCAAGUACCCACGCUACGCCAGCGAUAGGCACCAGUCAACACAGCUCUCCCUUUCCCAUCAGCAGCAGCAACAGCAAUAGCAGCACCAGCCACAGUCCCUUCACCCCUUCUUCCGCUCACAUCAACGGAACUGGCGGCCUCGGCGCUGUUGUCCCGAGCAGCUCAUCGUCUGGUAGCAGCGGUCGGCGAGCAGGAAUCGCAGCAUCGUCGCUGUCAACAUCCACGAGUCCGACCUCUGCGAUGCAAGUCGAUCCCGCGACGGCCACGACUUUGCACCCAGCAUCAGCAGGAACAGCGACGAGCAGACGGAGGAAAGACGAGCAUCGCACACCUCCUUCUCCGCGGAGUCAGUCGCACACGUCCGGCACUGCACCCAGUGCCGGUGGCAGCAUCGAUGCGCUACAUGGCAACGGUCACGCUUCGUCUGCGCAUCUGCAUUCCGCCGAUGCGGCCAAUGCGAACGUUGAUGCUUUCAAACGCACGCGGUUCGAUGGACCGCAACAAUAG